AUGACCCCGCCCCGUUCUCCGCUUUCCAUCUCCCAGCCCCAUUCUCCCGCUUUCCAUCACUCCGCCCCAAUCUCCCGCUUUCCAUCACCCCGCCCCAUUCUCCCGCUUUCCAUCACCCCGCCCCAUUCUCCCUCCUUCCAUCGCCCCGCCCCAUUCUCCCUCCUUCCAUCACCCCGACCCAUUCUCCCGCUUUCCAACCCCCGCUCCAUUCUCCCACUUUCUAUCACCCCGCCCCGUUCUCCCGCUUUCUAUCACCCCGCCCCCUUCUCCCGCUUUCCAUCACCCGCCCCAUUCUCCCGCUUUCCAUCAUUCCGCCCCCUUCUCCCGCUUUCCAUCACCCCGCCCCAUUCUCUCGCUUUCUAUCACCCCGCCCCAUUCUCCCGCUUUCCAUCACCCCGCCCCAUUCUCCCGCUUUCCAUCACCCCGCCCCAGUCUCCCGCUUUCCAUCACCCCUCCUCGUUCUCCCGCUUUCCAUCACCCCGCCCCGUUCUCCCGCUUUCCAUCACCCCGCCCCGUUCUCCCGCUUUCCAUCACCCCGCCUCGUUCUCCCGCUUUCCAUCACCCCGCCCCAUUCUCCCUCCUUCCAUCACCCCGCCCAUUCUCCCUCUUUCCAUCACCCCGCCCCAUUCUCCCUCCUUCCAUCACCCCGCGCCCUUCUCCCGCUUUCCAUCACCCCGUGCCCUUCUCCCUCUUUCCAUCACCCCACCACAUUCUCCCGCUUUCCAUCACCCCGCCUCAUUAUCCCGCUUUCCAUCACCCCACCCGAUUCUCUCUCCUUCUAUCACCCCGCCCAAUUCUCCCUCUUCCAUCACCCCGCCCCAUUCUCCCGCUUUCCAUCACCCCGCCCCAUUCUCCCGCUUUUCAUCACCCCGCCCCAUUCUCCCGCUUUUCAUCACCCCGCCCCAUUCUCCCGCUUUCCGUCACCCCGCCCCAUUCUCUCGCUUUCUAUCACCCCGCCCCAUUCUUCCUCUUUCCGCCGCUCCGCCCCAUUCUCCCGAUUUCCAUCGCCCCGGCUCAUUCUCCCUCCUUCCAUCACCCCGCCCCAUUCUCCCUCCUUCCAUCACCCGGCCCCAUUCUCUCUCCUUCCAUCACCCCACCCCACUCUUCCGCUUCCAUCACCCCGCCCCAUUCUCCCGCUUUCCAUCACCCCGCCCCAUUCUCCCCCUUUCCAUCACCCCGCCCCAUUCUCCCUCUUUCCAUCACCCCGCCCCGUUCUCCCGCCUUCCAUCACCCCGCCCCAUUCUCCCUCCUUCCAUCACCCCGCCCCAUUCUCUCUCCUUCCAUCACCCCGCCCCAUUCUCCCGCUUCCAUCACCCCGCCCCAUUCUCCCGCUUUCCAUCACCCCGCCCCAUUCUCCCCCUUUCCAUCACCCCGCCCCAUUCUCCCUCUUUCCAUCACCCCGCCCCGUUCUCCCGCUUUCCAUCACCCCGCCCCCUUCUCCCGCUUUCCAUCACCCCGCCCCCUUCUCCCGCUUUCCAUCACCCCGCCCCAUUCUCUCGCUUUUUAUCACCCCGCCCCAUUCUCCCGCUUUCCAUCACCCCGCCCCAUUCUCCCGCUUUCCAUCACCCCGCCCCGUUCUCCCGCUUUCCAUCACCCCGCCUCGUUCUCCCGCUUUCCAUCACCCCGCCCCAUUCUCCCCCUUUCCAUCACCCUGCCCCAUUCUCCCCCUUUCCAUCACCUCGCCCCAUUCUCCCCCUUUCCAUCACCCCGCCCCAUUCUCCGCCUUUCUAUCACCCCGCCCCAUUCUCCCGCUUUCCAUUACCCCGCCCCAUUCUCCUUCCUUCCAUCACCCCGCCCCAUUCUCCCUCCUUCCAUCACCCCGCCCCGUUCUCCCACUUUCCAUCACCCCGCCCCAUUCUCCCUCCUUCCAUCACCCCGCCCCAAUUUCCCUCCUUCCAUCACCCUGCCCCAUUCUCCCUCCUUCCAUCACCCCACCCCAUUCUCACGCUUCCAUCACCCCGCCCAUUCUCCCUCUUUCCAUCACCCCGCCCCAUUCUCCCUCCUUCCAUCACCCUGCGCCCUUCUCCCGCUUUCCAUCACCCCGCGCUCUUCUCCCUCUUUCCAUCACCCCACCCCAUUCUCCCGCUUUCCAUCACCCCGCCUCAUUAUCCCGCUUUCCAUCACCCCACCCCAUUCUCCCUCCUUCUAUCACCCCGCCCAAUUCUCCCUCUUCCAUCACCCCGCCCCAUUCUCCCGCUUUCCAUCACCCCGCCCCAUUCUCCCCUUUUCCAUCACCCCGCCCCAUUCUCCCGCUUUUCAUCACCCCGCCCCAUUCUCCCGCUUUUCAUCACCCCGCCCCAUUCUCCCGCUUUCCAUCACCCCGCCCCAUUCUCCCGCUUUCCAUCACCCCUCCCCAUUCUCCCGCUUUCCAUCACCCCGUCCCAUUCUCUCGCUUUCCAUCACCCCGCCCCAUUCUCCCGCUUUCCAUCACCCCUCCCCAUUCUCCCGCUUUCCAUCAUCCCGCCCCAUUCUCCCGCUUUCCAUCACCCCGCCCCAUUCUCCCGCUUUCCGUCACCCCGCCCCAUUCUCUCGCUUUCUAUCACCCCGCCCCAUUCUUCCUCUUUCCGCCGCUCCACCCCAUUCUCCCGAUUUCCAUCGCCCCGGCUCAUUCUCCCUCCUUCCAUCACCCCGCCCCAUUCUCCCUCCUUCCAUCACCCGGCCCCAUUCUCUCUCCUUCCAUCACCCCACCCCAUUCUUCCGCUUCCAUCACCCCGCCCCAUUCUCCCGCUUUCCAUCACCCCGCCCCAUUCUCCCCCUUUCCAUCACCCCGCCCCAUUCUCCCUCUUUCCAUCACCCCGCCCCGUUCUCCCGCUUUCCAUCACCCCGCCCCAUUCUCCCUCCUUCCAUCACCCCGCCCCAUUCUCUCUCCUUCCAUCACCCCGCCCCAUUCUCCCGCUUCCAUCACCCCGCCCCAUUCUCCCGCUUUCCAUCACCCCGCCCCAUUCUCCCCCUUUCCAUCACCCCGCCCCAUUCUCCCUCUUUCCAUCACCCCGCCCCGUUCUCCCGCUUUCCAUCACCCCGCCCCCUUCUCCCGCUUUCCAUCACCCCGCCCCCUUCUCCCGCUUUCCAUCACCCCGCCCCAUUCUCUCGGUUUUUAUCACCCCGCCCCAUUCUCCCGCUUUCCAUCACCCCGCCCCAUUCUCCCGCUUUCCAUCACCCCGCCCCGUUCUCCCGCUUUCCAUCACCCCGCCUCGUUCUCCCGCUUUCCAUCACCCCGCCCCAUUCUCCCCCUUUCCAUCACCCUGCCCCAUUCUCCCCCUUUCCAUCACCUCGCCCCAUUCUCCCCCUUUCCAUCACCCCGCCCCAUUCUCCCCCUUUCUAUCACCCCGCCCCAUUCUCCCGCUUUCCAUUACCCCGCCCCAUUCUCCUUCCUUCCAUCACCCCGCCCCAUUCUCCCUCCUUCCAUCACCCCGCCCUGUUCUCCCACUUUCCAUCACCCGGCCCCAUUCUCCCUCCUUCCAUCACCCCGCCCCAAUUUCCCUCCUUCCAUCACCCUGCUCCAUUCUCCCUCCUUCCAUCACCCCGCCCCAUUCUCACGCUUCCAUCACCCCACCCCAUUCUCCCGCUUUGGACCACCCCGCCCCAUUCCCCCGCUUUCCAUAUGCAGCAACAUUCGAGUCGUGUAUUUGA